CGCCCUCCCGCUUCCGCCCGGCAGUGCGCUGCUGGCCGCUGCCGCUGGGGGCGCCUCCGACCCCGAGGCGCUGAGGAGGCGGCGGCAGUGGCAGCGGCGGUUCUCGGAGCUUCGCCUCCCCUCCUCCCAGACGGGCGGUGGCGGCGGGUUGCAAGCUGCACACUGAAAGGGCGCCUACCGCUCAGGCGAGCUGCAGCACGACCGCUCCCCGUGGGUGGGCGGGGGUCCCGCCGCGGCAGCCGCCGCGCUCCGGCCCGGGCUGCCGCGAGAGGAGGCGGCGGCGGCGGCGGCACCGGCCCCGGCGGCGCCCCCACGCGCAGCUCGCAGCCCCGGCCAUGGGCUGGGCGGGCCCGCGGCUCGGCCGAGUUGAAGCGGCGGCGCCGGCCCGCGCGCCCUUAGGGCCGCCCCCGCACCCCGCUCGCCGGCGUCUGGCUCUCAUGAUGAUGAAGAAGAAGAAGUUUAGUUUAAGGUGGACUUCGAGCUCGAGGAGCUCUCCUCGGUGCCCUUCGUCAACGGGGUCCUCUUCUGCAAGAUGCGGCUGCUGGACGGCGGCCAGCUUCACCGCCGAGUCCCCCAGGGAGGUGGUGCAAGCAAACUGUGUUCACUGGAGAAAGAAGUUCUCAUUUAUGUGCAAAAUGAGUGCAAGUGCCACCACAGGCAUCCUAGACCCUUGUAUCUACAGAGUAUCUGUGAGGAAGGAAUUAAAAGGUGGAAAAGCUUAUGCAAAGCUGGGCUUUGCAGAUCUAAACCUGGCAGAGUUUGCUGGAUCAGGAAAUACCACUCGUCGCUGUUUACUGGAAGGCUAUGAUACCAAAAAUACAAGACAGGAUAAUUCCAUUCUUAAAGUUUUAAUCAGUAUGCAACUGAUGUCUGGUGACCCAUGUUUUAAAACGCCUCCUUCUACAUCAAUGUCUAUACCAAUUGCUGGUGAAUCUGAAUCUCUGGAAGAAGAUAGAAAAGGUGGAGAGACUCUCAAAAUUCAUCUUGGGAUAGCAGAUCUCUCAGCAAAGAGUGCCUCUGUUCCAGAUGAACUUGGUGCCUGUGGACAUUCUAGAACAUCAAGCUAUGCAAGCCAGCAGUCAAAAGUAUCAGGAUAUAGCUCUUGCCACUCCCGGUCAUCUAGUUUCUCUGAGCUCUGCCACAGGAGAAAUACCUCAGUGGGAAGUACAUCAACAGGAAUUGAAAGUAUUCUAGAGCCAUGUGAUGAAAUUGAGCAGAAGAUAGCUGGACCAAAUCUUGAUACAGCUGAUAAAGAAGAUGCAGCUUCGGAAACACUCAACAGAUGCCCAGUGAAACAAGAUUCUGUAGAAUCUCAGCUGAAGCGAGUUGAUGACACCAGAGUGGAUGCAGAUGAUAUUGUGGAGAAAAUAUUACAAAGUCAAGACUUCAGCCUAGAUUCCAGUGCAGAAGAAGAAGGACUGAGGUUAUUUGUGGGUCCUGGGGGAAGUACAACCUUUGGCAGUCAUCAUCUUCCAAACAGACAGCUGCAUCCCUGGGAGAACAACACACGCUCUGGAGUGGGCUGCCUGAGUUCAGUCCCAAGCUCCACCAUUUAUUAGCUGUGUGUCUUUGGGUGGGGUCUGGAGCUUAUGAACAAGUUGUGAUCAAACGCUAGAAAUCAAGCUGGUGAACUGAAGCUUCCCUGGGGGUUUAAGAUGUGGGCAGUUGAGCUGUCAAGGCACUUUAUUCAAGCACUUAUGAGAAAGUGAACCUAUUAAAAAAAAAUGAAGCAUGUUCAUCUAUCAAGAGGAAAGCCAACACUGAUUUCUUCUCUGAAGGUGCCCACCACUCUCCUUUCUCACCCACCAACAGGGAACAUCGGAAUGGUAGUAUCAGGGCAGUGUGCCACGUGUGCUUAUAGGUACACAGCUUCUGUGGUCACUGCACAUAAUAAUGAAAAGCCUGCUUAUUUUUUCAAAACAUCCAGUAGGAAAAACAGCACUAUACAUCUGAUUAUAAUUUUAGUGUUGAAGUGUAAAACCUGUGAUAGAAGUGCUUGACUGAUUUGGGCUCUGAUUUUUUAAUUUUAUGUUUGAGAGACAAUAAGUGAAAAUAAUUUAAACUCUAUAAAUUUUGCCAAGAAUAGAUAUAAUUCCUGUGAAGGAAAUCUUCCAUAUUAUACUAUCACGGUAUUGUACUAAGUUCAUUCACUCUUUUUGAUGCAAUAUUUGAUAUAAAAUGUGGGUGUUCGUGAUUUGGGAAAGUGUUAUACUACAUUUUAAACAUGUAAAAUGCUUAAUUCUAAAUGUAUUAGUCAUAAAUUGAAUAACAAGUGUGAGUUAUUUAAGUCUGAGAUACGUGAAUGGGUAUAAUGCUAUUAUUAUGCAGUAUGUAUCAUUACUUGUUAAUAUUAGAUGAGCUACAGAACUCCCACUAGCACUAUAUGAGAGACCAAAGUUUAAGACUCCAUAUGUUAGGCUACCAUAAGGCACCCUAAUGUAAGAGCUCUGUUAACUAACAGAAUAAUAUCUGAUGGUUUCAGGAGUCAAAACUUAGAACAGGAGGAAAAUUGUGAUAUGGUCAGAAACAGAGCUGCCUUUUCUCUGUAAGUUCAGGCUUACAUGAAACUGAAAAUUAUUCCAAGGAGGUAGUGGAUAAAAGACAGGGGACAGCCGCUUGACAUCACUGACAUGGACCCAUGGUUUUCUGUUUUCUUCUUUACUGUAUCAGAAAUUAGUUAUUUUGAGGCAAGAAUAGAAUAUAACAUACAUCAAAUAGAGCUUUUACAAUAAGAAUAUCUGAUCUGGAUCCAGUUAAAUAGCACAGCAGAUAAACCUUAAGAGUUUUUCUGGUCUUACAUGACAGUGUCUGUAUGAAAAGAUCUUAAUUUUCUUGGAAUCACUCAGUCACUGAAGAAAAAUGUUGAUUCUGUAGAACCAGUAAUUCCCAGUCCUUACUUUCAAAACCGUAUCCAAGAAAUGUGGUGUGUUAGAAUGACUUUGGUCUAAUAUUUCCAUGUUGGCAAAGUAAGAGGGAAAAAUAUAUUAUUUUUUUAAUUUAUUUUUAAUAUCCAGAUUUAGAGGUUUGAACAUUUUUGAAUAGUUCAUGUUAGGUUUUUUUUUUCUUAAUAUUUCAAGGAUUGGGUAUUCCACAUUAAUUCAAUACUACUUUUAUAAAUAGAUUCUGAUAUUUUUUUAAAGAGAUAACACCCCAUUUUAGAAUGUCUUGAAUGUUGAAAGAUAGGAUUUUCUGACUCAUUAGUCUUGCUUUCUUAUUUUUUAAGAUUUGUUUUGAAGGAAAAAUUGACCUGAACAUUUUAGUCUAACCAAGGAAAAUAUUACCUUAAUGGUAAAGACUUGCCGUCUGCAAAUAAACAGGUGAAUUGAUCCAUUCGUUAUAUAUCAUGGGAAGAAAAAAACAAUCAAAGAAAGUUUUUAAUAGAGAUGUGAAGAUAUUGUUUAGAGAGAUAUUUAUUAUGAUGUCUUAAAAACAUAUUUUUCUAUUUUCAAAGUAUUAUUUCUAGGCUAUAUUUUUUAUUGGCACUUCUGCAGAUGAUUUUGCAGUUUUGAAAGUGAUAAUAAAAACUAGAUUGUAAGUUAGGUUCGGUGAGGACAUUCUUCAGAUAUGUAAAAGAUGCUGUGAUUAGGGCACUGCCCCCAUCUUACUCAUCCUUGGCUGCCCUUGGCCCAAUACCUUUAUACAAGUCUGGCUCUUGGUAUUUAAGAUGAUAUAGCAUUAUUUUUUAAGAACAAAAUGUGGAGAGAUUUUGAAAAUUGUGCCUUUAUAAUUUGAGCAACCACCAGAUACAUCUUGCUUAAGGUACUAGUAAGUAUAACAUAUGUUUUGAUAAGUAGAAACAUUAGGAAGAAAAAAGAUGACAGUGUCUGCUUUCUUCAGUGGAAGUCUGGAUUUAUUUUAUUCUAUUUUGUGUUCUGUCAGCAUACUCUGCAAUCAGAUUUCAUUACAGUCCUUGAAAAUAUUUGUUAAAGGACCUAAGUGUCUUACUUUCUAGUUUUUCUUAGAGUAUGUACUAGUAAUAUCUUAACCAUAUAGCUAUUGAAAAAAAUCUGCUUAUUAAAUACCAAGUCUACUUUUGGUUCCAUUUUGAGUUUCAAAAAUAAAUCUGAAAAAUUAAACCUUAAUACAUUUUCAAUUUUUAAAUAUUAAAUAUUUUAUUUUUUUAAUAUUAAAGUCGAAUUUUAAAUCACCUAGUCCUGGAGAAUUUGCAGAUGUAUAACAUUUUCUUUUUCUAAUCUUACCCUAGAGAAAAAAGAUUCAUGGUAUUUUUAAAGCUAAGUAUUUCUGAUCAGAUAAUGAAGUGUCUUAAAUACCUUGUUUGGGGGAAACACAGAGACCAGUCAGGAGCCCAGUUCCUGUGACUUGUGCUGGUGACCAAGACUAGAGAGGAUGUGAAGGGUAGCAAAGGGCAGAGAAGGCCCUGGGCCAUUAGUUUACACUCUGAUGGUUGACUCCCCUUUGCGAUGGUGGUGGUGAAGGCUUCUGUAUACAGACAACUAAUUUGGACUGGUACUUAUAAUCUGAGAAAGUCUUGACCAAGAAUCCUAAAGUCCACCAACCCAUUUCAGCAAAAUACUAUCAGAGUAAUGAUAUCCUAACUAGAUUCUUCUGUAUAUGUGCUUUUUGGUUUUUUAAAUGGAAACCAUGAGCCACAGAGGUCCACCACUUAGCCUAUUUGUUGCUAGAAGGGGAAAAAAAUCUCCUACUAGCCUCCAGUCACCCACACAUUCAGGUAUCAAUGAGUUUUAAUAUAUUAAAACAUCCAGAAGUAUUUUUAGAAUUUAAGAUUUCCAUGCUAACUAGACUACCUUACGAGUUCAAGCUGAUGGUAUUAUUAAAUACUUCGUUGAAGUUCUCCGAAGUGUUAGGCUUCCAUUAUAUAUGAUAAUGCUCUAAAAGAGACUGGGCUCAUAUGACAGGGUUGCAUUUUAUUUUAACAGAUCUUUAACUGGGGCAGUUCAGAAAUUAUGCUUGGUCAGUUCUCUUGGAUGGUAUGUCAUGUUAAUGUAACCUAGUACUGUAGUUGAAAUUGUGUUGUGCCGUUACCCAUGUGUUGGCUUAGGUACUGUACAUAGUCUUAAUAGCUGAGAUGUUAAAGAAGAUGAAGUCUAAAAAUACAAAGGAUGAAACAUGCCUAUAUUAACCUGUUUUCAGACUGCUUUAGAUAUAAAGGCCUUAUUCCCUUAUAUAUGUGACUUUUCAGAAGACAAUAUAUACACAGUAUAUUCUAAAUGGUCACGUGGGUGGUCUCUAGCUACUCUCCAUAUGACAAAACUGGCAAAAUUUGUAAUUUACGUGGACAACAAACUCCACAUUUACAAAUGUUCGUGUUCAUCUUAUGUAUAUAACAAUGAAUUCUCUUGCUGAUAUUCAUUGACCAAAUCCCACAUACAGGAAGACAUUUAGGGUAUAUUCAGUUUGUUUUUUUGGAAAUACAUCUUACUUGGGGGAUCACCUUCCUCUUAGACAUUUAUUUGGUCCUCUGGAAAUUGAAACAGUUGUGGGUAAUCAUGUAAAUGUUUAUGAAAAAUUUUUUAUUGAAGUGAUUCCAUUAGUAUUCGAAUCUCUAAUACAUGGAGAAUGACCUUCAUAUUUAUAUAUUUCUUUAUUUUAACCGCCCAACUGGUAAUCCAGGAAAUGUUUUCCUUUUCUCUGCCAAAAUUUUUUAUUGUAAAAUAUUUGAGUAAUGUAAAGGUGAAUCUUAUACAUGUUC